AUGCCGUCCUUCGGGUUCAAUCUCGAUACGCCGUCCAAAUACCUCGGUUCCGGCUCGCCCAAUCCUUGGUCCUUCGGAACAGGCCUCACCCCGUCCCUCUUCAGCUCGCUCAACUCGCGCGGCUUCACACCCUCAAUCACCGAGUCGCACGACGAGCCGAACCCGUUCGAGCUCACGCUCAGCGGUCCGUCAAGCAAGCGGCAUUCGGUCGCGAGCGGGAUGCUCGGCGGAGCCAAGGACGGCGACGCAGAGAUGGACUUUGGCGGUUCGUCGCUGGCGUCGACGCUGAUGGGCGGACGGAAACGCGCCAUGUCGUCUCCUGCGAUCGGGACGCCCGGGGGAACCAACUCGUUCUUCGCGAUGCACCAGCCUUCUCAACUCGCGCCCGGCGCUUUCGCCGACCUCGCCAUCAAGCCGAGCAAGCGUCCUCGUAUCGACUCGACCACCUCGUCCGGCAUCGAGUCGAGCGACCGCAUCUUCUCCAGCAACGACCGCGACAGCGACGAGUCGCCCGCCUCGUCUGUCGUCCUCAGUCCGCCCGAAAUCAAGUCGAUGCUCCCCUCCAUCCGCGAAGACAAGACGCCCCUCUCGACUCCCGCCGACAUCCCCGUCUCGAUGGGCCUCAACGUCGCCGGUUCUUCAAACAUCGGCAUCGGUCCCCCCACGACCGCUUCUCUCCUCUCGCAGCUCGAGAAGCAGCGCUCCGCCAUGAUUGCCGCCGGCACCGCCUACUCCCAGAGCAACCCCCUCCCGAUCAAGCCGCUCGACAUUGCCGUCAAGUCCGAGACAAUCGACGACUUUGACGUUCGUCCGCCUGUCACGCGUGGUCAGAGCAAGAAGGGCAAGGCGCCUGUCGCUUCCGGCUCUACGACGGUGGCGAUGUCUGAAGACGGGACGCCUGCGCCUGCGCCGAAGCGCAAGGGCGGGAGGAAGAAGAGCGCGGCUGCGGCGGCCAAGACGGCGGCGGAGAAGAAGGAGGGACAGGAGGCCGCGGAGGACGACGACGAGGACUCGGUCAAGCGCAAGCAGUUCCUCGAGCGCAACCGGAUUGCGGCGUGCAAGAGCCGGCAGAAGAAGAAGGAGAAGACGCGGCAGCUCGAGCAGUUCGCCGCCGAGCUCUGCAACCGCAACCACGUCCUCCAGCAGACCGCGCUCGCACUUCGCAACGAAGCGGUCGCGCUUCGCCAGCUCAUGCAGGCGCACAACGGCUGUUCUUGCGAGCAUGCGCAAGGCUACAUCGCCCGCGAUGCUGCUGGCGGCGGCAUCGCCACGAUCGACCAGCUCGCCGGCCACACGCUCCACCUCGACUACACCGCACCUCCCGCGAUGGGCACCGAGGACGACUGCUACUCGUUCCUCGAACGCGGCGAGCCCCCUCCCGGCCCCAACUUCCAGACCAGCAAGGGAGCGUACGCCGCGCCCGCCAAUGCAGGACCGGCUAUCCCUGUCGUCUUUAAGCCCGGACCGUCGCCGAAACAGUCGCCUGUGAGGCAGUCGUCGACCCGCUCGAACGGCAUGUCGACGCGCAGCUCGGGAGUCGUCGCGUCUGUCGCGCCUGAAGCGACGAACGACGUCCUCGCUGCUGAUGUCGACGUUGCGGCGCUUCAGGCCUCGAGUUACCUCGGCAUGGGCAUUCCUCCGACCGCCGAAGCCGCCGCACAAGCAGGCUUCGUAGACGACGCCGCCUUGCAGCGCAUGAGGGCGAACAGCGCUCCUCCCACGACGCCCGGGUGGGACGGCGCCGCACCCGAUGGCGACUACUUCAACCCGAAGACGAGACCGUCGCGCGUUGUCGUCGCCUGA